AUGUUCAAGACUAUCCUUGUCGUAGUAGCUGUGGUGGGAGUGGCCCAGGCCACAUUCAUCAUUAAGCCCCCAAAACCGGUGGAGCAGACCACCAAGUGCCAGAUCUAUUGGUGUGAACGUACCUGGGCUCUCGAAGAUUGUGUGUGCCGGGUCUUCCAGAACGGAUGUCUAAUGGGCGAGGAGAAUGCUCAGCGGGAGAAGGCUGGAAAGACGCCUCUGAUCCAGGUCUCGGAGAAGGUGUGCAAGAAGUUCAUCAAGGCCAAGUGCCUCCUUGGAUGGCCUGUGGAGGCCAAGUUCCCGAUUCCGUCUCCUUGCGGUUGCAAUGGCAAAGAGGGAAGCCUCGAAAUCAAAAAGUUCAAGAGUCUUUGCGCACUCCUGAAAUACGCAGCUGAAUGCUCAAAACCCUUCAUCAGCUACUCCAAGUGUUAA